AUGCCAGAAAUAUCUGUUACCUUUGGCAUCGUUCUAACCUCAGUGGUGUUUGCAUUUUUGGGUUCGUAUCUCCGAGCCCAUCCGACAGAAGUCCAGCCACCACUAGCCACAGUUCAAGCACUACUGGAACGUCAUCCCUUUCUUGAUAUUCACUUUGCCUCUGCUCAAUCGGUGGCCAAGUCACUAGAUCGUAUUUCUACAUCCGCCCGGAAGUCAGGCGAUGGGCGUACUAAGGGGAAUAUUGUGUUCCACACCCUACCGGGCAUGCAGCCCAUGGAGGUCUUGAUGCAGCGACAGUUUGGGUCUGAAGUCAUGGUCCAAUUCAGACACGCCCCCGGGUCAAGAGGGGCUAAACAACUGUAUAAGAUAGCACAGGCUUCGUUGAGUCCCUGGACAAGCGAUGAAUACGUCAGAAUAUACAACGAGACGCUCAGAAUCAUUGAUGAAAUUGACCCUGCCCUUGUCGUGUUGGAUUUUGCAUUUCGUCCAGCAAUAGACGCAACGCACAAAAGGAAUCGACUACAUACGUUCCUCACACCGACGUCCCUGAUAGAUAUGUUGCCCAUGAUCCAACCUCAGCUCAACGUUCUCUGGAAAUAUCCCAUAGUAGGCACAGACUUCCCAUUUCCAAUCCCAUGGAAGAACAUCCCCGAGAACAUAUACGUUGCGUUGCGGGCAAUCAUCAGUUUUGGGACCAUGUCCGACUUGGACGAAACUAAAAAAAGCAUUGCCAAGCAUGGUAUUGACAACGCCUUUGGCGCAUUGAACAACAAUAGUACAUCUUGGAUCAUGCAAACCAUGCUCGAAGCUGGUCCUACUGUCGACCCAAUACCUGAUAAUGUCGUAUGUGUCAAUCCGAUAGUAUCAAGUGUCGUGACGGCCUUUGAGCAGGAUCCAGAUCUUUUCGAGUGGCUUCAGAAGGCAUCAACGAUAAUGACAGGUGUACAAGUUCUGUGGAAAUUCGGCCAAGCGGAAUAUAUUGAUGAGGCCAGACUGUACUUGAAAGAUCACAUCGAUCAGGGGCGAGUGCGGAUCUACAAUUGGCUAAGCGCAAGCCCGGUAUCGUUACUGGAAACGGGUUACAUUUCGGUUUCGGUGCAUCACGGAGGAGCAAAUUGCUAUAAUGAAGCCCUGUCAGCUGGCGUUCCACAGAUAGUGAUCCCAAUGUGGACAGAUCUUUACAAUUACGCACAACGAGUGGAGAGCAUCGGGGUUGGAAUAUAUGCUACGCGAGGGACUGCUCCGGAAUGGACAGUCAAAGGAAUCAGUGAUGCGUUCCUGCAGGUCAUAGACGGUGGACCGAAGAGUAGUGGCAUACGGGCGAGGGCUAAGUACUUAGGGGAUGUUGCACGCAAGAAUCCAGGAAAAUAUGCAGCAGCAAACCUCAUAGCCAGUCUUGCACGUACAAAUAAUGUUUCGAACGCCAAAAAUUCUAGAUAG